UUAAUAUCCUGGAGGAGGGGCGUGUUAAUGGUCCAGCCGAGCAGACGGCAAAGUUUUGUGUUGUUGUCGCGGGUCGACAAACUUCGUCAGGUAAGGAGGUAUCGGUCCUUUAAAGACACCGCUCAUCAGAAUAAAGCUGCAGAACUUUACCGGAUAUGUUUCUUGUGUUAUACAUCUGGUCUGCCUUCCUCUUACCAUGGGCCAGGGCACAAAGCAGCAUGCUGGGUGUUGUCGUGGAGGCGAGGAAUAUGACUGUUGCCGCAGGGUCAGAUGUUGUUUUAACAUGUCAUAACCAGCAGAUUGUUUGGAGGCAGGAUCGCCUGAGGGACCGUCAGCGUGUCGUGCACUGGGACCUGGUCCGGAACCGACCCGACUACACUGUGGAGCGCAUUUUAGAUAUGUUCCCAGGGGGAACAGAGCGAUUGUAUAGUGACUAUAACAGGGGCCGUAUUACUAUCUCGAAAGAAGCCUUCAGCGAUGGCAACUUCUCACUUGUUAUUAAUAAUGUAGAUAUGGAUGAUAAAGGCAUUUAUAUCUGCAACCUACAUCACCAUUAUUGCAAGGCCCACCGGUCCAUUAAAAUCCAGCUUAAUGUCACUAAAUCUCCCCGAAAGGAAAAGCGUGUUUGGGAUGGCGAUAAGUCUGUGUUCGUGGUUCUUGAAGGAAAGAGUGUAGUGCUUCCCUGCGUGAACCGUAGACCACUGUGGACGGAUGGGUACAAGGAUGAGGGCCAGCAGCAGGUGGUCCACUGGGACUGGCAAGCUCCAGGGGUCACCCGUGACAGAGCAGACCGCCUCGUCGAUGUAUACGCCUCCGGAGAAAAGCGACAGUAUGGGCCCCUCUUCCUCUGGAAUAAGAUGAACAUCUCGAACGAUGCGUUUAACCUGGGGGAUUUCUCCCUCAGCAUCCGUAACAUUCAGCCGUCUGAUAAAGGCCUGUAUUCUUGCCAUCUUCACCAUCACUAUUGUGGACUACAUGAAAGAAGAAUAUUUCGGGUAAUCGUCGAUUCAUCCAUCCGGCCUUUGCCUCCAGCGCCCUUCCCAACUGAAGCACCAGAAACACCUUCCGACCAUCCUUCACUGCCUGCCGAUGACCCGAAAACAAACGUGGUGGAAGCACCUCGUGUGCUGAAUGUCAUUCUACCUGAGAAUCAAAGUCACCUGCUGCAUCAGGUGGGCUACAUCCUGGCCAUCUUUGUGCUUCUGCUUCUCGUGCUCAUUGGAAUUAUUAUGACCACAAGACAAUGUAGAAGAAAAGGGCAUGAGUUUGAGGGUCAGAGGUCUCGGCGGGGCCGAAGGACAUCCAUUGAAAUGUGUGCCACAGAACUUCAACCCUACAAUCAGGAGGACUUGCGGCUGGACUACAAGAACAACAUAAUGAAAGAAAGGUCAGAAGGAAAUCUCUAUCCCUCUUCGAAAGUUAUUGAUCUCAACAGAGAAAUGGAAAGAAUGUCAUGGAAAUGAUUGAUCUUGAGCUGCUGGCUGGACCAGAGCAAAAUUAAGUGCUUCAAAGACUUUCAAAAGAGGUUCACAUUUACUUCACACAAACAGAAUUGUUGUCUUUCAGCUGCAGUGUUAUUACUGCUCAUGUCGUUGAUCUGAAACACUCACGUUUUGUUCGUAUUGGAAAGUCACAGGUACAAUCUUAUCCUAACCACAGUUUAUAAAAUGAUAGUCUGUUGGCUUAAAAUCUAAAACAUGUGGGAUGGAAAUUUUUUGAAUUUAGCAUUUGGUGGUACACUACAAUUGUGUGUGGUUGAAGACUGUUAUUUUACAGCUCACCUAAAUCAAACCAUUACACUGUGGAGCUUAUCCACAAGAGAUGUAUUGAAAAAGAAUCUUAUAAACCUCAGGAAGUAAACAAAUAGCUGUGUGUUCAGGACAUAAUAGUAAAAGAUGGUACAGAAGUAAACCUCAACAACCUUUAUGGCAAUUACAUGUACUGUUUGUACUAUUCUUUUCUCUAUCUAUAUUUUACUUUUCUUGAAUUUUGAUUCCAACUUGACUAGGACCUCUUUGGUUUUAUGAACAUGGCUGCAGUUUAGUACUGACUCAUUUAUCUUUAUCACUUUAUCACUUUAUCUUUUUUAUGGGCAUCAGUUUUGAGCUUUUCUAUUGGUCACUAAUGCACAUUUACACACUGUAGGUUAGGAAGCAUUUAUGCCUUUUUUAUGUUUAAAAUGAUUGAUUUUUAAUCUGAACAUUCUGAAGUGUAUUUAUCCUUAGAAUACCACUACAGAAUCACAUUGGUAUAGAGGAACCAAUGUAAAAUACAAUAAAGUUAAUUC